AUGAACGCUGCCAGUUAUAGUGGCUCGGGACUGGCCUCAGCAGCUACAGUGGAAGAUGUCGUCAAACCUGACACCAUUGCUGCAAUUCUCGCCCAACUAAAGGAACAAGACGUACGAAUAGGACGAUUGGAAGCUGCAGUGGAGCGUAGUGCCAUAAACCGUACGCAUUUCGAUAUUUUAACAAUGGCGGGUGUCACGGCGGAUUUCGUGUGCGAUGAGAUUUCGUUUCACAACCGCAGCACCGUCGAGUUUAAUGCGCUGCCGUGCAAAGUAACAUUGGAUUACCCUUGUGGUGAGUUGUCCAUUCUUCUGGAUGAUGCGGACAGCGAUUUGUCCUUCCUUGGUGUGACUCUUCGAGUUGACUGCAUCACGGACUGCCAUCUGCUAGUUGAUCCCGACAAUUGCAGCGUUGUGGUGGACACCAACACGAGUAAAAUAACGGACGUAACACAGUUGGUCCUCGUCGGUCCUACGCAGGAGGCAACACGGGAAUUAUAUGAAGCACUGAGAGAUGUGGUUGCGCAACGACGCCCUCCCUGUUCACCAGCACCAGACACCACCACCACCACAACUCGAAAUAGCAGUCGUGCACUCAUUAACCGCAGUGAAGGGGAAUAUGAAUCAACCUUAGGGGGUGACGGCAAGUUGUUUAGUAUUGAAGCUACACCAAACAAUGCAGGAACAACACGAAACAAUGUUGAUGCCAGCAGUUCACCGCGUUUGCAGCUUUCCAACACGCUGCCGUGUGACCGCACCGCUCACACGCCGGUAGACCCGCGGCGCCCCAAUACUUUACCGAGUUUUAGUGCAAACCGAAAGGGUACACAACAGGAGUAG